CUUGUAAACAAACCAAUGACGUCAUUGUAAGGCGCGAAUCAGGCUUUCGUAAUUAGAAAUAUCCUUACUCCGUUUUAAAUGGGGCCUCUAUAUUUAUUUCAGCUGUCAUAAGUCUUUAUAAAAACGGAUAUUUUACUCCUCCCUUCACAUCUGACUGACAUCCUCGACUUAAACUGUGACAAAAUGAUAAAUAGAUACUAAAAAGUCGAGUCUGUUAACAUGAGCUAACGAUCGCUUGAGUUAACGUUAGCCAGCUAACAUAGAUAUUUGUUUCAUUUGAAGGUUUGGGAAAGAGAAAAUAUGACAACUCUAACAAGGCAAGACCUGAAUUUUGGACAAGUGGUUGCUGACAUCCUGUGUGAGUUCCUGGAGGUCGCCAUUCAUCUCAUCCUGUAUGUCCGCGAAGUGUAUCCCUCAGGAAUAUUCCAGAAGAGGAAGAAAUACAAUGUGCCUGUGCAGAUGUCAUGUCACCCAGAGCUUAAUCAGUACAUCCAAGAUACGCUUUAUUGUAUAAAGCCGCUCAUUGAAAAGAACGAUGCAGAGAAGGUGGUUGUGGUGAUCAUGGACAAAGAGCAUCAUCCAGUAGAGAGAUUUGUGUUUGAGAUUUCCCAGCCUACACUACUGUCCAUCAGCUCAGACACACUGUUGUCACACGUGGAGCAGCUGCUGAGGGCAUUCAUCCUGAAGAUCAGUGUCUGUGAUGCUGUCUUAAAUAAUAACCCUCCAGGGUGUUCCUUUUCAGUACUUGUGCAUACCAGAGAUGCUGCUACACGCAACAUGGAGAAGGUCCAAGUCAUCAAGGAUUUCCCCUGGAUUGUUGCCGAUGAGCAGGAGGUCCACAUGCAGGAGCCCAGACUCAUCCCUCUGAAGACCAUGACAUCUGACAUCGUCAAAAUGCAGCUUUACGUGGAAGAGAGAGCCCAAAAAACGUAGGUCUCACUCUGCAGGAGCAAGCUGGUGCUACGGCUUCACUCAUAAUCCAACACAUCAUGAGUCAACAGUCAGCCAAACACAUUUUAGUUGAACACAUGAAAUCAACAAAAAGGAGAUGUGGAACGGGUUCAUUAGGUGUGUACAUAAUGCUGCAGUCAGUGUUCAGGGUUAGACUGUGUGCUGCCUGCCUGUUAUUUGAUGACAUGACAUUCACUUUAACAUGAGUGUGGUUGUUCUAUUGUCCUGUAUUGCCUUUAACUGCUUUCAGUGCAGAUCUAUGUAUGUGAAACACAAUGAUCAAACUUUUACUUUGACAAUAAAAUCCCAGGGAAAUUGGAAUCUAGCAGUUUAACAAUACUGGCUGUAAAUUCAAAUAUCAACCACCAGCAGCUCCUACGUCUCUGUGUAACCCUCAGCUGUGAUUUCUCUUAGCUGUAAAUACGUCCGUUAUGUCUCUUUGUGGGGAGUUUGUCUGUAUGUUCUUUGAGGUGUUUUACCUCUAUAUGGAUGU